CCUAGAGACGACGCGAGAAUAUCCUUAAAGAGUGGAGAUGUCCUUGGAAGUUUCUAGAGACCCUUGAAAAUAUUUGCCGCUGGUCGCUAAGGUGUCGGAUAUUUCUAUGGCGGUAUUGAACAAGAAAUAGAGGUAGAGACAUGUGUCACGAUGAGGCGGACGAGGCGAAGCUGAUUAGCGAUGUAGAAAUAUUGACGUCCAGCUACUGCCACGGAUGCAUCUGGAAUCGGAAAACCCGAAGACGUUCCCUCGAGUCCUUGAACUCUCUAAAACAAGGAGGCUUUCGUGGGUGGAAUUGUUGGCCAAAGUAUUCGAGUUACCCGUCAACGCUGGAACCAAUAUGAAUAACGAACAGCAGGAGGGCUGGGGAAUCUUGUCUAUAGCUGGUAUAGCGCUUAGUUGACCGCGAUUUCUCUGUCGUUACUAGCGAAUUCUUAGCAGAAGAGCCGGAGGUUCGGGUAAAUGGUUUGCGGACUGUCGCUUAUUGAAGUCGAAGAACUGGAGAGAAUUCCGAGACCAGAAUAACUCCAA